AAAAGGACAGCCAUGGGCAAAAUCAUUGUGGCUUUCGACCUCUACGGCACGCUGCUGUCAGCCGAAAGCAUUGCAAAAGAGCUGUCGUCACACUUUGGGCAAGAAAAGGCUACGUCCAUUGCUACGGUAUGGAGGAAAUACCAGCUUGAAUAUACUUGGAGGUUGAACAGCAUGAACAAGUAUGACGACUUCUCCAAGGUGACUCGCAACUCGCUGCUUCAUGCCUUGGCUGAACAUGGUCUUCGGCUCGAGGACCCAGCUCUAGAUAAAUUGAUGCUGGCCUAUGACUCCUUGUCCACCUUUCCAGACGUCAAUCCAGCCUUGAAGCGGCUCAAGGAUAACUCCAAUGUGGAAUGCGUCGUGUUCUCUAAUGGGACCAAUGCAAUGGUAACAAACUCAGUCCACGGUUCCGAGGAUCUUAAUUCUUCGAUCUUCAAGGGUAUCAUCUCGAUUGACGACGUGAAAAAAUAUAAACCAGCCCCAGAGGCCUAUUUCCACCUUGCUGAAAAGAUGGGCAAAAAGAACGAGAUGGACAAGAUGUGGCUCGUCUCUGGCAACCCGUUCGAUGUUACUGGAUCUCGAACAGUAGGUAUGCAAGCAGCGUGGGUUGAUCGAGCAGGAAACGGCUGGCAGGAUAGGCUUGGAAUCGGGCCAACAGUAAUUGUGAAGAGUUUGGAAGAGGUUGCUGAUGCGGUCGAGAAACAUGCCAAAAGCAUGGCAUAGCAUUAUAAUAUCUUGAUUGGCUACGCUGGGUCGUCGUGAUAC